CAGCAGCCAGUCCUGGUUUUCCCCUCGCUGAGCUCACUCUCUCGCUCUCAUCCUCUGCUCUGACUCUCAAACGCUCUGUUGCUCAGCGAGCAGACCUCUCCUCUCCACUUCUUCCUUCUCUUCUCCUGUCCGUUAGUUUACUUGUAUCCUCUUCUUUUAUCUGUUUCUUUCCCACAUUUCUUCUUCAUCCCCUUCUCUCCCGCCCCCGCCCCCCCGACCUCAGUGCCAGGGGCAUUAGUGGGGGUCCCAGCGUCUAUAUUUGAGUGUGUGUGUGUGUGUGUUUGUGUGUGUGUGUGUGCAUGUGUGUAUGUGAUUGUGCGCUGGUAGUGUUUUCAGUAUGGAAGCGGUGGCAUUGUACACGUUUCGUGCCACAGAGGGUGAUGAGCUCAGUUUCAACAAGGGAGACUUGCUGAAGAUCACCAAUAUGGAGGAUGAUCCUAAUUGGUACACAGCUGAACUCCACAACCGGAAAGGCUUUGUGCCAAAAAACUACAUCAACCUGCGGCCACACGCCUGGUUUGCCGGUCGCAUAUCUCGUGGUGUGGCAGAAAGUCGACUCCGACACAGAGAGUGUGGAGCCUUCCUGGUCAGAGAGAGCGAGAGUGCUCCUGGGGAGUUUUCCAUGUCUGUCAGUUAUGGGGAUCAUGUUCAGCAUUUCAAGGUUCUGCAGGAUCGCUGUAGUCAGUACUACGUGUGGGACGAGGCGUUCUCCUCACUGAACGAGCUGGUGGACUUCUACCAUAGCAACAGCAUUGCUAAGGAGAGGACGGUCUAUCUGAGAGACCCCGAGCACUUUGCCAGGCGUCCCCAUCACGCCCACGCACUCUUCGACUUCACCCCACACCACCCCUCCCAGCUACACUUCCUGCGUGGUGAUGUCAUUGAACUCAUUGACUGCUCUGAUUCGGUGCGCUGGAGGGGCCGUUGCCAUGGACGCGUGGGCUACUUCCCUCCAGAGUACGUCCAGCCCAUUUAUCACUGCCAGUGACCUGACAUGUCGAACAAACACACAGCCAUUCCUUCAGGUUCACCGACGAGCCAUCCUGAAAGACACUCACGCUGCUCCCCUGCUCUGCACUUGCUCGGUAACUUCAGGAGCAAACGGUGGAGCUACCGCCGAACACCUCUGACUCCUCCCAUUUCCCCGUGAUGUCACCCUUCAAAUAAGCCUUUGCUGCAGGCUCAUCAAUCUUAUCUGGUCAUCUGAUCCCGAAGACUCCACUUCUCCUUCAAUCCAGGCAUGGACCUAUACACUGUGGAGAACUCUCAUAUAUAUAUUCAAACUCAUACGUAUUACCAGUUAUAAUCUUUAAUUGCAGCUUAUCAGCUCUGGUGCGGCCUAAGUAAAAGUAACGCACACACACACAUACACAGAAAAACACUAAAACUGAAGGAAAAUAAGAAAAUAAAAUUAGUGUGUGGCCUGUGGAAACUUUUGAAGGAAAGGCAGGUUUGCUCCUCGGCACAUUUGCGCUGGUAUUUUGGCAUCCUUCUCACGAGGAGCUUAGCAGAAAGACAGAACGUCAUUGUGAGUGUGAACACUUUGAGGAUACUGACACAGCAGAUUCCUCUCUCACUGAGCUGGUGUGUGAAUGUGUGUGGUCUUGUGUGCGCGCGCGCGCGUGUGUGUGUGUGUGUGUGUGUAACACAUGGGUUUGUACAGAUGUAAAGCUGCAGUCUUUACAUACAUAUAUGCAUGUCGUGUGUUGCUGGGAGGGAGUGAAAGCAUGGCUGCUGAGAGUUAUUGUUGAUUUUAUGCAUUUGUGUGUGUGUGUGUGUGUGUGUGUGUGUGUGUGUGUGUGUGUGUGUGUGUGUGUGUGUGUGUGUGUGUGUGUGUGUGUGUGUGUGUGUGGGUUCAGUGGACCAGUGAAAGGAGUUACUGUGUUACAGUGACCACUAAGACGAACACUGCCCGGGCAUUGCUUUGUUUAAAAAAAAAACAAAAAAAAAACUGCGCUGCUUAAAAUGUAACAUGCUCAACUCAAUUUACUGAUCAUUUGUUUGUUUCUAUGUAUUUAUUCUUAUCCAUGUGUGAUCUUCAAAUACAUAUAUUACAAGUGAAUUUAAACAUUAUAUAGAAGUUUUGCUUCUGUUGAAACAGCAACUGCUUAAGAGGCUCACAUUUCAUGUGACUGACAGCAAGAACUUGGAUCGGUCUUCCUAAUCCUGUAACGAAAUCAUUCAAAUAAAAUGAUACAUUUACAUCUU